AUGGCAGGAAUUCGGUUACAACCAGAAGAGUCAGCUGACCUAACGCAAAUCAGAGCUGCUGGUGCCAGUGGCGAUCUGGUGUCGGACGACGAGAGGUCUGUGGCGGCGGACUCGUGGUCAAUUAAGAGUGAUUAUGGAAGUACUCUCGAUGACGAUCAGCGCCAUGCUGAUGCCGCAGAGGCUCUCUCCGCCGCCGCUAAUUGUCGCGCCGCUUCUGAUUACAGUUCGGACAAGGAAGAACUAGAUGCUGAAGGCGGGGUUUCCAUGCUAGGUCUACAGAGUUAUUGGGAUUCUGCUUAUGCUGAUGAGUUGGCAAACUUCCAUGAACAUGGACAUGCUGGUGAAGUUUGGUUUGGGGCUGAUGUAAUGGAUGUCAUUGCUUCUUGGACAAAAAGCCUAUGCUUUGAAGUUUCUCAAGUUCGCAUUCCAAUUCAUGUUGAUGAUAUCAAGUCUGAAACUGUUGAAGAGAGUGAUAAAUAUCUGUCCAGCUGGAGUGUACUUGACAUAGGGACUGGCAAUGCUUUACUCCUUCACGAACUCGCUAAGCAGGGAAUAAAGAAGAUUUCUACUCUUGUGCAUGCCAGGUUUUCUGAUUUAACUGGAGUUGAUUACAGUGAAGGGGCCAUUAACCUGGCACGCAGGCUUGCUGAUCGUGAUGGGUUUUCUAAUAUCAACCUUCUGGUUGAUGAUGUUCUUGAUACAAAAUUAGACAGACAAUUUCAGCUGGUCAUGGAUAAAGGGACUUUAGAUGCCAUUGGAUUGCAUCCUGAUGGUCCCAUCAAAAGGAUCAUGUACUGGGAAUCAGUUUCAAAGUUGGUUGCAUGCGGUGGAAUCUUGGUGAUUACAUCGUGUAACAAUACAAAAGAAGAAUUAGUGCAAGAAGUGGAAAAUUUUAAGCGAAGGAGGAUUGAUUUAUCCCUGGAAUCAGAGUCUAUGAAGGACCAUGAAGCAUCCAGAGAAUCUCCAUUUCGAUACCUCAAUCAUGUUCGAACAUAUCCUACCUUUAUGUUUGGUGGAUCAGUAGGAUCACGUGUUGCCACUGUGGCAUUUCUUCGAAAAUGA